UUGAAGUGUACGAGAGGCAUUUUCUUUGUUUCUUUUUGUCAAUUUCAUAGUACUAAAAUACCAUUUCUUAUUUCUAUAUUUCAUUUUGCCAUAUUCAGAUCAAUGAAACUUGUAUACAGUGGAGACUGCUACCAAAAUUAAAUAGGUAUACUUUUUAUGAUUUUUUUAGGUAAAUACCAGGACGAAUUCACUUCUCUGCUUCUCUCUCUUUAGCAGAAGGAUUGACACCAUGCCACAUUACUGUCCACAAUAAACUGCAGUCACUUGUAAGGCAUUCAUGUCAUUAGUUGAGAAUGACUUCUGGAGUGUAUGUGCAAUCUUAUUCGAUUUUUAGGGACUGGCACUUUAGUAUGUGUUUUAUAUCAUGAAUAUAUGCUAGGCCAAUUUGCAUGAGCUUCUGAGUUGGAUCUCUGAUACAUCUGAACUAUGGCUGUGUUUGAUUCGGAUAUGAAAGGAGAUCCAUUUAUUCAAAAUCAGAUGAUUCUGAAAGCAGAUUCUACGGCAAAAGAAGGAUGCUUCCUUCUCUAACGUGGGCCCUUUGAAGGAUAAUGAGCGUAGGGAUCUUCACUGCGGCUGUGAAGGAAUAUUUACUUAUAGCUGGAUAUCGGCUUACUGCUAUGACAUUCUAUGAAGAAGUUAUAGAUCAGAAUUUAGAUGUUUGGCAGAAUACGCCUGCAUAUGUGCCAGAUGCCUUGCGACAUUAUUACUAUCAAUACCUUUCUUCCACUUCACAGGCUGCUGAGGAGAAAAUUGCCGUGCUCAGAGAAAAUGAGUCAUUGAAAAAGAUUUCAAAUUUCUUCAUUGGUCUCUACUUCUUGAGCGUUGUAACCAAGUUUGGGAUCAGCACGGUGUAUUUGGGAUUUUCAGCCAUCUGUCUUCUUGCAGUCUUGUACAUGGCUGGUAAUGUUGUGGAAACCAAGGGACGAUCUUUGGAGGAAAUAGAGCGUGCUCUUAACCCUACAAGCUGAUUUAGAUAUUUGUCGAAAGUGCACGUGGUAAUAAUUUCACUGCUGCUUAUGAUUGGCUUCAAAGAAAGGUGAUGCAGGUGAUGCUUCUCUUUUGUUCUAGCAAGGCCUGAGUGAAAUUCCUGAGGAUUGGGGUAACAGUAAUUUAGGUUGUUGGAGCUGAGUGAUAAAUAUCCUGAAGAUUUUUGUUAUGUUAUUAUUGCAAUGAGUUUUACAGUAUUACUGACAUUGGAACUCUGAAAUGUGCAACAAUAGGUGCAUUUGUACUGUAGGGUGUCCAACUGCCAACUGCCAACUGCCAACGAACUUCGGGAUCAAGUGAAAAAAUAAAAUGAAAACCGCCUUAGUUCA